AUGUCGCACCAAUGCGAGCAUGAACACGAUCAUCACCACGACUCGCCACCACCUGCUACAAACAAUGCGCAGUCCCUGUUUUCGUUCGUUAACACGCCCAAUGUGCAGUGUCUGAACACCAACAGCCAUGGCUCCAGCGAUUCCGCCGCAUGCUUCAUCAAAAGCAGGGACGAUCAGUACGACGUUUCCAAAUACUUAGAGAGCGAUGCAGACUGUCAGAUGAUCCUCCACAUACCAUUCACUUGCAUUUGCCGGAUCUUCUCGCUCGUCUUAAGGACUAGUCGCUCUAGCUCGGGGACCACAUCGCCCAAGACCAUCAAAAUCUUCAAGAACUUCUCUAAAAACAUCGAUUUCGACACUUUGGAGGAUUCUAAGCCCCAACACGAAGUGGAACAUCCCCGCGACGUUGGGAUCGAUCUUGACGGUGCGCCCCGGACCGAAAUUACCGACACCGAUGACUCCAGCUUUGUCGAGCAUCACCUGCCUCGGCACCUGUUUCAAAAUGCGCACUCUUUGACUCUCUUCAUGCAGAGCGCCUGGGAAGAUGACGAGGACAUCACUCGCUGCUUCUAUCUCGAGAUGCGCGGUGAAAGCGCUGGUCAAAAGCGAGGGAACAACGCUGUGCCCCUUCUAACCGUGUAUGAGUCUGCACCCAACCCAGUAGAUCAUCAGAAGCUGGAGAAUGAGCAACAGGGCUCGAGUCUGGGUAUGUAG